UGACAGACAUCAUCGCUCUGCUUCUGACUUUAAAUGUAAGGCGCUUACAGAAGUUUGAUUUAUUAUGUUGAAUUUAACACGCUCCGUCUUAAAAGGAAUUCCGUUUACAUUAUAAAGUUAGAUACUUAAACUUUUUUUUAGUUAAGUAUUGUGUUGUUUAGCUGUUUUUUUUUCAACCUUUUGUAACUAGAUAGAAUGAGCAUCAAUAGCAAUGAAAGCGGUGACCUUCCAAACUAUGGCACUACCCCGAACAUCGGAGAUGACGAAGCAACCCCUUUAUUAGGGAAUGCGUCAGAAGCGCCCAGGGUCAAAGGAACACCCUUCGCUGCCUGCGUGUUCAACCUGAUGAGCGCCAUCAUGGGCAGUGGAAUCCUGGGGUUGGCGUUCGCUAUGGCUAACACUGGCAUAGUGGGUUUCUGUAUUCUGUUGCUGCUGGUGGCCGGCCUAGCGGGCUUCUCUAUACAUCUGCUCCUCCAGCUCUGUGACCAGACAGGUAUCAAUUCGUAUGAAGAUCUAGGAGAAAAAGCUUUAAAAAAGCCUGGGAAAAUUCUGGUUGGACUCAGCAUUCUGACCCAAAACAUUGGAGCGAUGACGUCGUACAUGUUCAUCCUGAAGUCGGAGCUUCCGGCCACCAUCAGCAGCUUCCUAAGCCCUGGCAGUACGAUGAGUGCCUGGUAUGAAGAUGGCCGUAUCCUGCUGAUCCUGGUGACCGUGUUUGUCGUGCUGCCACUCGCGUUGCUAACCAGAAUAGGGUGGCUGAGCUACACCAGCAGCAUUUCGUUCUUCUUCAUGCUGUACUUCGUGGUCGUGGUCAUCGUCAAGAAGUUCACCAUCCCCUGCCCCCUCCACCAGAACGGCACCAUGGGAAACGACCGGUUCCAGAUCUCAAACAGCUCGGCAUCAGAAUGUACUCCAAAAGCCUUCGUCAUCUCCAGAAAGAGUGCUUAUGCCGUCCCCACCAUGGCCUUCUCCUUCCUCUGCCACACGGCUGUCCUGCCCAUCUACUGCGAACUCGACCGGCCCACCAAGAAGAGGAUGCAGCAAGUGACCAACACCGGCCUCUGCCUCAGCUUCAUGAUCUACCUGCUCUCCGCCCUGUUCGGCUACCUCACCUUCUACAGCCACGUGGACUCUGAGCUGCUGCUGAACUACGACACCUCGGCCCCCCGGGACCCCAUGGUGAUGAUCGUCAGGCUGACCAUCCAGGGGACGGUGCUGUUCACCGUGCCCCUCCUCCACUUCCCUGCCCGUAAGUCGCUGAUCACCUUGCUGUUCGAUGGCCGGCCCUUCUCCUGGCUGCGCCACGUCUCGUUGACCGUGGGCAUCCUGGUGGUGGCGCUGAUGGCCACCAUCCUCCUCCCUGACUUCAGGAGCAUCUUCGGCGUUGUGGGGUCCACCACGUCCACCUGCCUCCUGUUCGUCUAUCCUGGGAUAUUCUUCCUCAAGCUCAGCAACCGACCUCUUCGCUCCGCUGAGUCCGUGGGUGUGAGUACUCAUCUCUCACCUGAUUGGUUGUUAAACGGCAUCGUCACAAUACCAGUCUGGACAUCUUUAAGUCAGGCUCACACAGGCUCCCGACAUGGAAAUACAGUCUGCUCAUUUACCUAGACAAUAAUUACAUAUCAAUAGCAGGAUCGAAUGUAUAAUGCACAUUUGUAUAUUUUAUAUUUUAUAUCAAAGGAUAUGUAUAGUAAAACAAUAAAUGUAUUCAUCAUAUGUUUUUUUAGAAUUCCAGGCAUUAUCGUCUCUAGUGCUGUGAGCUUCCUGCACGACACUAUUAUUUUGUGAUGGCGUCUCAGACUUCAGACGAUGAGGUGGCUUAUUUUGCUGCGGGGCAGUAGCCUGUCUGUGGACUAGUAACCCGUCUGUUGUCUAGUAACCCGUCUGUUGUCUAGUAACCCGUCUGUGGUCUAUUAACCCGUCUGUGGUCUAGUAACCCGUCUGUUGUCUAGUAACCCGUCUGUUGUCUAGUAACCCGUCUGUGGUCUAUUAACCCGUCUGUGGUCUAGUAACCCGUCUGUGGUCUAGUAACCCGUCUGUUGUCUAGUAACCCGUCUGUUGUCUAGUAACCCGUCUGUUGUCUAGUAACCCGUCUGUGGCCUAGUAACCCGUCUGUUGUCUAGUAACCCGUCUGUGGUCUAAUUACCCGUCUGUGGCCUAGUAACAUGUCUGUCGUCUAGUAACCCUUCUUUUGUCUAGUAACCCGUCUGUUGUCUAGUAACCCGUCUGUUGUCUAGUAACGCGUCUGUGGUCUAAUAACCCGUCUGUGGUCCCUGUGUCCCUCAGGCCGUGAUACUGCUGGUCUUCGGGUUGUUUGUGGGGACGACCAGCCUGUGUCUGAUCAUCGUCACCUGGGUGCAGGGCAGCUGAACGCGCACACACACACACGCACAAACACUUUAAUCAACAAACAGAGGGAAACUGUGCAAUUAUCUUUUAGAUGUAAUCAAGUCGAUCAUUGUCAUGUAUUGAAAUCCUCAAAUGUUUUUAUACUUUGAAACCCCGGAGGAUAUUUUUUUAUAAC